GCGGAUGAUGUAAAUAUAAACACUCAGUAUAAAAGGGGCUUCCUUUCUCCACCUAAUCAAUGAUCCCAUUCCUCAUCCAACACUCCAAGCAUCCAGCACAUCAAUAUCCAACAUGCUGAAAACGGCGAUUCUCUCAGUACUUUCCCUGUGCGCCCUGGUUCAAGGCCAGUCCAUGAGCAUCUACGGGUGCUCGGGCCGUAGCUUCUCAGGCCACUGCGAGUCGUUCACGUGCCCGUACCAGGCCUGCUGCCAGCUGCCCAGCUUCUUCCAGACAAGCCUUGUGUCGGUGCGAGCGUCGGGCUCGUACAACGUCCGUCUUUUCACGUCGGCGGGGUGUGCGUACCACUGCAACGACAAUGACAAUGGCAGCUUGUUUGUCGACAGGGAGGGCUGGAGCAACAUUGGUGCCGCGGCUUAUGCCUGCGUUGAUGGGCCGUUCUAGGCAGAGCAAGCUGGAGGCUCUAUGAGUACAUACAGUGAGGAUGUACAGCUACUGUACCUUACGAUGUUGGAGCAAGAACGGCCGUCACUCACUUUGGCUAUGAAGGGGG